UCUCUCUCUCUCUCUCUCGCUCACUCACUCACUCACCCCUCGCUCGCUCUCCGCUCCAAUCCCGACCGCGCCUCUCGCUGGAGACUCGGCAGACACGCGACAAGAGGAGCUCGAGCAGGUCACCGUCGUGGCUCUCGCUGAACAGUCCGUCACCAUGAGCUCCAUCGACUUCGCCGAGAUCCUGGACUACCUGAACGGGCUCAACUUCUCUGGGCGCGAGGGCGGCAACGGCAGCAACUCCUCCGAGUUCUACUUCUUCGAGACGAUGGUGUGCAACUCGGGCAUCAGUCGCAAUGCGCUGCUCCACUCGCUGGCCUUCUUCUACGUCUUCAUCUUCGUCGUGGGCCUCGCCGCCAACUCAGUGGUCGUGUGGGUCAACCUGCGCACCCAGAGGAGCCGCUACGAGACCCACCUGUAUGUGCUGAACCUGGCCAUGGCUGACCUGUGCGUGGUGGCCACCCUGCCCAUCUGGGUGGCAUCCCUGGUGCAGAAUGGGCACUGGCCCCUGGGCGAGGCCAUGUGCAAGCUGACCCACCUGGUGUUCAGUGUUAACCUCUUUGGGAGCAUCUUCUUCCUGACCUGCAUGAGCGUUGACCGCUACGUCUCGGUGGUCUUCCUCAGGGACGCGGACAGCCGGCGGAGGAAGGUGACCCGCAGGCUCGUCUGCCUGCUGGUGUGGCUGCUGGCCCUGGCCGCCUCGUCACCCGACCUCUACUUCCUGACGACGGCCCCAGGCCCCAGCGGGGAGACCUUCUGCCGCCCGGCGUACCCUCAAGGGACCUUCAGGGAGUGGAUGGUGGGCAUCCAGCUGAGCUUCGUCAUCCUCGGCUUUGCCAUCCCGUUUCCCGUCAUCGCCAUCUUCUACAUCUUGCUGGCCGGCGCUAUCACCUCCUCCAGCGACCCCGAGCGCCGCCUCAUCCGCAAGGUCAUCCUGACGUACAUCGUGGUCUUCCUGGUGUGCUGGCUGCCCUACCACGCCGUGCUGCUGACCGACGUCCUGGCUGUCCUGGAGGUGCUGCCCUUCAGCUGCGAGCUCGAGGACUUCCUCUACGUGGCGGACCACUUCACCCAGUGCUUCUCGCUGCUCCACUGCUGCGUCAACCCGGUCAUCUACAACUUCAUCAACCGCAACUACCGCUACGACCUCAUGAAGGCCUUCAUCUUCAAGUACUCCACCCGCACCGGCCUGGCCAGGCUCAUGGAUGCCUCCCGGGGGUCCGAGACGGAAUACACAGCCGUGGAGGGUGGCCCCCCGCUGUGAGGCAACCCCCGCGGUGCCCGCUGAACUCUUUGUUGCCACCCGUGCCCGGCUGAAGUUUAUUUUUGUAUCGAUUUUUGUCAAAUGGAUAUUUUUGUACGCUACGGACAAAGCUUUGCCAAGGCGGGCACAGGCUGGUCUGCCCUUAUUUAUUGGCACUCUCAGCAGGACAAAGGCCAGCAAUGCCAGACAAUCGGCGGAGUCCUGAUGCCGAGCACACAGCGCCCCCUGGCUGAACCAAGGCUGUAGAAACUGAACGCCACACUGAGUGGCAGUGGCACCGCUGACCGGGAGAUGACACUCUGCCAACACCUCCAUGCCGCUGUCGACUCUCGUGUUGUCUGUCAUUCGUCAGCUUCAGCCCUCGAAGCUCACAUGCACAGCUUGGCAAACUUGAAGUGAUUUGCUCAUGUAAGAUGCCCGCUUUGCCCACUUAGAAUAAAAACUAUUUUGUACCUCUCAAAA